UCCUUGGUGGUGGGUGUACGUUCUCUUCAAUUGGCCAGCUUCACAUUUACUCAACGCGCUUCGAUCGGAUUGUUAAAAUAAUGAAUUCAAGAGCAUCAUUAGCGCUGGUUGUUUUAAGCGCGGUCGUAGUAACGAGCUUACCACCACCUCACCCAGCGGUAGUGGAUGUACGACAUGCUGAAGAACAGUUGCCACCGCACUUGAGGAGUCCAGCUCUGAGCAAUCCUCAUUUUCUGGAGACUCUACAACUAACUAGCCUUCUUCAUAAAGGAGAAAAACCGGUAUUCGAACGCCAGUCGGACACAAUACCACGAAAAGAGAUUUACAAUAUACUAACUCACGCAGGCUUCAUUGGUCGCAAACGAUACAUAAAUCAUUUACCCUCCAAACAUUAUUCUGAAGUCCAAACAUACCAUAACGAUAUACCUUUCGGUCUCAAUUCCGAUAUACUGCAAUAUUUAUAAGACAACCAAUAAUGUGUAUAUAUAUAUUUUUUAAUUACAAUUACACAGAACUUAUUCAAUGGAGGUUAUAUAUGUAGUCGUAAAGUGUAUAGCGAUUGUAAAGAAACUUGGGUUAUUUGUUUGCGUAAUAGUUAAGUGUUGAUGAAAGAUAAUGUUUUUGUGCAAUGUAAAUAAAUAAGUUUCUUCUUUU